CGUUGGUUCAGCUGUUUAUUUGCACACGUCUUUUUUAUAGUGGGGUUGCACAAUCAAAGAUCCAAACAAAUGUGUUCAUUGCUUGGUAAAAGAUGGAACCGGGCUAGGCUUUCAACAACUAAAACAACAUAAAAGCAACAAGACUUGUUCCUGAGGAAUCAUAUUUUUCAAGUACUUUCCCACCUUUUAUUAUUAUUAUUAUUAUUAUUAUUUUUUCCUUCCUCUCCUUCCCUCUUGUACAUUUUUAUUAUAUAUUUUAUAUUUCCCUCAUUCACUAACGAACAAUGUCCUCACCCGCUAUCCAAAUUGAUGCUCAGGAUGAGCAGCGUGGUCGUACUCAGAGUGUCCACCCCAUCAAUAACGACACCCACAAGGCUGAUCACAACACCGACAGCAACGACAACAAUGAAAAGCCUCAUAGCAGACGCAACUCCAUCUCAGCUUUCGUGGACCGUCUUCGCUCCCGCUCUCGCUCUCGUUCUCGUUCUGUUGUAGAGCGUCUUCGUUCCCGCUCCCGCUCUCGUUCUCGUCAGCGCCCACUGAUCGAUGGCUCUGUCCCUGAGGAGGACGAGGACAAGGAAUAUGUAUAUUCCCGUCGCAAGUCGACUGAUAUGCGUGGAGAAUAUGCAAAUGUCCUUCGAGCACAGACAGACUACAUGGAAAAGUUGCGUGAGGAACAAGCUAGGAGUGGUGUUACUCACAAUGUCGAUGGUAUCCCUAUCCCCCCACCUGUGAACCCUCCUCGUGAGGGACGUCGUCGUUCCAUCAUCGCAGUUUUGUCAAGAGACUCCUCACGCACUCGUAGCAGAGAACCAAGCAUGGAUCGUGCUGGUAGCCGCAGUGUCAGUCGUAGUGCUAGCCGUACUAGGAUUCCUGAAGAGGAUGAGGGUGAACACGGCGAUAAAAGCAAGUUGAAUCCUCCUCAAGAUAGAGAGUACAAGUGGUCGCGCCGAAAGUCUUCAGAGAUCACUGGACCCUAUGCUACAGCACUGCAAUCUCAGUUGGAAUAUAUGGAACAAUUGGGAGACAAGCAACAAAAAGAGGGCAUCACUCACAACGCUGACGGCAUUAAGAUCCCUGGUCCUGUCAACCCUAAUGUUGUUGAUACUGAAAGUCAGCCAGUAACACGCGUGGGCGGCCCCAACAAGAUGCUCAUUUAAAAAAAAAAAAAAAAAAGGGUUUCCCACGGAUCAUUUUUUCUACGGGGAAAUGUUCUUCCUUUGGAAUUUUAUAAAUGCGGAUCGACAAACGCCAUCACUCUCUUCUCUCAUAAAGCAUUAUCCUCUCCUCAGGAUUGAAAAAAAUAAAUAAAUAAAUAGCAAUACAGCAGGAUGAUUUAAUUUUUGUCCAAGACUCAAUUUUCUGCGCCUCAUGGUGCCAUUUAAAAUGAAGUGCAUACU